ACGACGAUGGACAACGUCGCCGUGUACCAGGCGAAGGAGACGCUGGACAUCGCGCACGAGAUCUCCAAGCUCCUGGACUGCGGCCUGGACAAGGAGAGCCUCGCCAUCCUCAUCGCUCUGUGCGAGAACGGGGUGAACCCCGAGGCGCUCGCGGCGGUGGUCAAGGAGCUGCGCAGGGAGGCCGCCGCGCUCCAGGCGGACGCGUGA